CAGCGGCCCUCUCACGUCAUGAUCAGACAUAGAAUAGUCCACUCCAGGAAGAGCGAGACUAAUCGCUGAAAUUGUGAGAGCAUAGAUGCUAUUAUCGGCUGAAUCAGCCUGAUUGCUUCCAAACAGUAAUCUAUCAACUAAAACAAACCAAAACACCAAACUACCCCCUUAUUGUUUGUCAAAGAAAGAACAAAAUAGAAAUAGUAAAACAGCCUGGAUUGAAAAUAAAAAAAACUAGAAAAAGUGAAGCAGUCCAAACCCUAGUCUGCACAAUUCCUCCAUGACGGUGGUUCAGGAGGGGGACGAAUUUUCAUCACUUCAUCUUCUUCCUUCAUCACUUUGAUCUGCCCGUAAGUCGCCUCCCUCUCUUGGCCAAAAUAUUGCACGAUCACAACCAGUCCGAAAGCGAGCAGCCUCCACAUCCCUUGUUUCAUUGCUCAACAAUCUGUCCUCUGCUACGGAUUUGCAAUACUAAAAAACAAAGCUCUGCUACAAAACGCUACCACGAAGCUCUGCUGCAGAGGUGCUUACCAAGUGGUCUUUCCCGAAGCGUCGGUCCCCUUGUAGCUCGCCAAAAGCUGAAGACGAAGCUUCCCAAAACUAUGUCGACGCCGGAAAUCAAUCCUCGCGGCCCAAACUCAACCCCUUGUAGGCUGAGGGUUGUUUGUUCGGCUAAAUUUUCUCUGGCCGAGGGUUUGGCCCGUUUCAAUUGUGAAUGUGUUUGCACUUUUGGUCGUGAGUCUCACUGCUUCUUUUCUUUGUCUUAGAUCUGACAAUCGUUUUGUUGGCCGUUAAUGGAGAGCUUAAAUCAAACUUAUGAAAGGAGGUCAUUCGAGGAGGUUGAUGGCGAGGGAACAAGAAUUGGCAAUGCGGCGGUGCUCCCGGAACAACACAACCUAAAAUACUGACAUGACCCGUACACUAGAUGAUUUCUUUGGAGGUGGAUAAACAAACCUCUUCUCCCUUUCUGAUUGCUGGUAAAAUCGGGAUGCUUCUUUUGAAGGUGGAUGGACAAACCUCUUCUCCUUUCUUGGUGGCGGGUGAAACCGAGAUGCUUGGAUUAUGUUGUUGUUUUUAUUUUAAUUUUCCUUCUAGUAGUAGGUGCAACAUUGCUAUAAGUGGAGUCUACCACAUUGCGGGAUUAGCGAGUUGGGCCGCUCUUAUGAGUGACUACAACUCCGAGUCUCAUCCCUUUUUUUUACCUGGUGAAACUCCUAACCCUCAAGAGGGUUUGGGGUGGGGGCCAGGGAACACCCCACCUUCUUAUUAUAAUGUGAAGUAAGUACAAAGUAGGAGGACCAAACCAAGCCUACUUGAGUUUAUAUUACAUAUGGAUAGCUUAUAGUUUAGUGUCACC